UUUAUCACUUUUAGUUUGAGACUAACGAACGUGUGGGAUGUUUUCAAUUCCUGUUUUAACUUUUGCUUUCAUUUUGCCUGUUUCUGUGUUCGCAUUAGAAGCAAAAGUAUUAAAGCCAACGAAAAAUGGAACUUUCGACGUUGGUAUCAUUAUAACACCGGGAGCUGACAUUGCCGGUGAGGCGUACGAACAGCUAGGUAUAAAACUGCAGGAGGCUUUCAAUGGCCGCAUGUGGAUAUCUUUGCUGUGUGACUUUCCAUUCAACACUCCAAAUCCCUUACAGUUAGGUACGGGCGUCAGUGAAUCAAUUUCAAAGUUCAAAGAUGCGGGGUUUCAAGGGAAGAACAUAUUCUUGGCAGGACAUAGUCUGGGUGGUGUAUUUGUUGGCAGCUAUGGUUUGAACCAUUGGUCACAACUAAAGGGUGUGAUGUUGUUUGCCUCGUACUUGACAAGAUCUCAUAGAUUGAGGGACUACCCCUUGCCAGUACUGACCAUCUCCGGUGAUCUCGACGGGCUUACACGGAUCACUAGAAUUGUAGACACAUUUGAAGAGUUGGAAAAUGAGACAUUACACAACCCUACACCUUUAAACCUGAUAACGCCGGUAAUUGUAAUGCGAGGUAUCAACCAUGGUCAUUUUGCUUCUGGAAAUAUGCCACCAAACGUUCUAAAACAUGACCUUCCCGUUGACAAGGACAUUACAUUCGACAUCGCUCAUUCGACGAUAGCUUCCCAUGUGUCCAAUUUCAUCACUGUUAACACUGGUCUACCAAAAGAAGACUACGCCAAAGCUACUGCUGGUUUGAAAGGGGCAUAUACCAGUACACAAAAUAUAAUAAAGCCUCUGUCAAAGAUCAAGGCUUUGGACACAAACAAAGCAAAGUCAUCAUUUUCUACGGUGACUGCUCAGAAAUAUAUUUUGGGUGAUAAACUGGCGGCACAUGUAGAUGUUGGUGACAAGGAAAUCUCUUUACAAGAGAUCGAUUUUUAUGAGCCAGAUGUACAAUUAAAAAAUAAAUCGUUUGCGCAUGUGCAGACUUAUUCGAAUGUCGUUGUACCCUUUGACCCGGAAGAUGUUUCGUUAAAUCCGCAGACGCCAUCGGAAAUCCAGUCUGUGAUGAAGAGUAAAGAGGGAAUGAUAGAAUUGCUUCCGGGUGUCCCACACGACAGCCGAAAUCUGACAUGUCGGGAUUUAAACAAGUUCCUAUAUCACGUUGCUCUAAAUGCAUCUUCAUCUCUUGCCCACAACCGUUCCGUGGAAAGAAAUUCACCGGAAAUAACGUUCCAUGAUGAUGGCAUCUCCGGUAAUGUGUUAAAUUGGACAUUAGACUCUUUAGACCUGAAAUAUGGUGCAAAUGGGGCUCUGGAUGUCACUUCAUACGCAUUUAUUGUUGCAGCAGACGACAAAGGUGGGAAAAUGGCGGGAACUAUUCACUGUAAAUUGUUAUCACCAUACAGAGCAAUGGAAUGGAUUUACAUAGAUUCAUUGAAGAGAAAUGUCUCGUAAAAGUUUUUUGGUGAUUUUUUGUUGUACUAAAUAGACCAAUCUUUUUAUUUCCCACUGUGUUUUUGUAAUAAAGAUAUCUUGGAUUCGGA